CACCUUUUUCUAACCUGCACGUGGUGCCGUGAUUACGUCACUUUUGCGUUCGGCGGCGCGUGCGGGCGCUUGGCGUGCAGAGAGCUGCGGGGUCUGGGCUCCCAACCAUGCCGCGGGGGCGAGAGUCCCGCGGCCCCGGACAGUCGGUGCUGAGUAAAUUCUUCCGGCCGGUGGGGUCCCUACGCGUAGCCGGCUCCUCAGCCUGCUCCGCGGCGAGCGGCGGCGAGGGGCUCCAGGCGGUGGCUCCGCACACGACUUCUAAGUCUGGCAGAAAUAAGAGAAGAGCUGUUGAAAACAAUGAACCUAGUAAAAAGAGGACAAAACCAGUACAAAGUAAUAGAAAGGAUGGCCAUGAUGCAGUGAAGAUUCUUGAUGUUGAAGAGCCUAAGAAAUGUGCCAGGCCCUGCAUAUCUGUGAAAACAUUAAACAAACUGAGAGAAUUCUGCAGUGAUUCAAAGCACCCAUGUAACAGAGUCCAGGUGGAUACUUUACAAGGGAGUCCAUCUGUGCACUUGGAAAAAUGUCCUACUUUUGUGGAAAGAACCCUGGAAAUGAAUAGUGCUCUUCAUUCUCAGGACACAGGUUCUCAGAUCAGUGAGAAGGAACAGUCAUGCUUCAGUCUUAGUCAAUUUUCAGCUUCAAGUAAGAGUUAUGAAGGCUCUCAAAAUACUUCUAAUAUAAACCUCCUUAAUAAAAAAACCAAAAGCAUAUACACUCCACUAGAACUCCAGUUCAUGGAAAUGAAAGAACAGUAUAAAGAUGCUAUUUUGUGCGUGGAAUGUGGAUAUAAGUAUAGAUUCUUUGGAGAAGAUGCAGAGAUUGCAGCAAAGGAGCUAAACAUUUACUGUCAUCAGGAUCACAAUUUUAUGACUGCCAGUAUACCGACCCACAGACUAUUUGUUCACGUACGGCGACUUGUAGCAAAAGGAUAUAAGGUGGGAGUUGUAAAACAAAUGGAAACUGCAGCACUGAAGGCUGCUGGAGAAAAUAAAAGCUCUCUCUUUACUCGAAAACUGACGGCUCUCUAUACCAAAUCUACACUUAUUGGAGAAGAUGUGAACCCUUUGCUGAAGCUAGAUGAUCCUGUAGAUGUUGAAGAAAUAACGGCUGAUGUCUCCGAUAACUAUCUUCUUUGUAUCUGUGAAAAUAAAGAAAGCUUAAGAGACAAGAAGAAAGGGGAUGUUGUCAUAGGCAUAGUGGGAGUCCAACCCACUACUGGGGAAGUAGUUUUUGACAGUUUUCAGGACUCCUCAUCUCGCUUAGAAUUAGAGAGUCGAGUUUUGCGUCUGCAGCCAGUUGAACUAGUGCUUCCAUCGGACUUGUCGGAUCAAUCUGAGAGGCUCAUCAGCAGUAUAACCUCUGUAAGUUUACGAGAUGACAGAAUUCGAAUAGAAAGGAUGGAAAGCAUUUAUUUUCAACAUAGCCAUGCUUUCCAGCUGAUUACUGAUUUUUAUGCAAGAGGAGUGCUUAAUACCACAGGUUCUCAACAACUCUCUAUAAUCCUAAACUUGGAUAAGACUGUGAUUUGCUCUUUGGCAGCAGUAAUUAUGUACCUCAAAGAAUUUAAUUUGGAAAAGAUACUUUACAACCCUAGUAAUUUUAAACAGUUAUCAAGUGAAGCUGAAUACAUGACAAUUAAUGGGACAACACUGAAAAAUCUGGAAAUCUUACAGAAUCAGACGGAUAUGAAAACAAAAGGCAGCCUAUUGUGGGUCUUGGAUCAUACCAAAACUUCCUUUGGACGUCGGAAACUAAAGAAAUGGGUGACACAACCUCUUAUGAAAUCCAGUGAAAUAAAUGCCCGACUUGAUGCUGUGUCUGAAAUUCUCAUGUCAGAAUCCAGUGUGUUUGGUCAUAUUCAAAAUCAUCUGUGUAAGAUGCCAGACAUAGAGAGAGGACUCUGUAGUAUUUAUCACAAAAAGUGUUCAACUCAAGAGUUCUUCUUGAUAGUCAGCACUUUGUCUCGCCUGGAGUCAGAACUCCAAGCACUGGUUCCAGCUAUACGUUCCCAAGUGAAAGCUCCUUUACUGCAGGUGGCCCUCUUGGAAAUUCCUGAGCUCCUCUUUCCAGUGAAACAUUAUUUACAGAUACUUAAUGAAGAAGCGGCCAAAACUGGAGAUAAAACCCAAUUGUUCAAGGAUCUUACAGACUUCCCUACUAUCAGAAAGCAGAAGGGUGACAUUCAGAAGGUGAUUUCCCAGAUCCAAUUUCAUCUGCAAGAAAUACAACGAAUGAUAAAGAACCCUCAUGCUGAGUAUGUUACAGUAUCUGGACAGGAGUUUCUGAUAGAAGUCAAGAAUUCACUCUUAUCUUCUGUACCCUCUGAUUGGGUUAAAGUUGGUAGCACAAAAGCUGUCAGCCGUUUCCAUUCUCCUUUUAUUGUAGAAAAUUACAGACAUCUGAAUCAGCUCCGGGAGCAGCUAGUCCUUGACUGCAACGCUGAAUGGCUAAAUUUUUUAGAUCGUUUUAGUGAAUAUUAUCACUCUGUGUUGAAGGCGGUUGGGCAUCUAGCAACUAUUGACUGCAUUUUCUCAUUGGCCAAGGUUGCUAAACAAGGAGACUAUUGCAGACCAGUUGUGCAAGAUAAAGGGAAAAAAAUAAUAAUAAAAAAUGGCAGACACCCUGUGAUUGACGAACUGCUAGGAGAACAAGAUCAGUAUGUUCCAAACAGCACCAACCUAGCCGGGGACAAAGAGAGGGUAAUGAUAAUUACUGGACCCAACAUGGGUGGAAAGAGCUCCUACAUAAAACAAGUUGCACUGAUCACGAUCAUGGCACAGAUCGGUUCCUAUGUUCCUGCAGAGGAGUCCACAGUUGGUGUUGUGGAUGGUAUUUUUACCAGAAUGGGUGCUGCAGACAACAUAUACAAGGGUCAGAGUACUUUCAUGGAGGAACUAACAGAUACAGCAGAGAUAAUAAGAAAAGCAUCUUCACGUUCACUAGUAAUAUUGGAUGAACUGGGGAGAGGAACUAGCACACAUGAUGGAAUCGCUAUUGCUUAUGCUACACUUGAACAUUUUAUAAGAGAUGUAGAAUCAUUGACACUGUUUGUCACUCACUACCCCUCAGUAUGUGAUCUAGAAAAGAUAUACCCAGAGCAGGUUGGGAACUACCACAUGGGCUUCCUGGUGAAUGAAGAAGAAAGUGAACAACAAAAAGGAUCUGAAGAUGAAGAGAAUCCUGAAUUUAUCACUUUUCUUUAUCAAAUAACUAGAGGAGUUGCUGCAAGGAGUUAUGGACUAAAUGUUGCUAAAUUAGCAGAUGUUCCUGAAGAAAUCUUAAAGAAAGCAGCUCACAAAUCAAAGGAGCUUGAGGGAUUAGUGAAUAUGAAAAGGCUUAAGAGAAGGCAUCUGGGCCAUAUAAAUGGAAAGAGACUGAGACAGUGGAAGAGUUGGUCAGGUGAAGGACAGAAAAAGGCUAAAAUCUUUUGCCAAAAUAUGGAAUAUAAAUGAUUCCCAGGAACUACAAAAAUGGAGUAGUGUGUGUGAAACUGGAGAUGAAUGAUUAGAUCAUUUUUGAUGCUUCAGAUCCUACCUUUUUGAAGACUGUAGUAAUUAACAAACAAUGAGCAAUUCAAAAUAUACUACUGUACAGAGUAAAGUAUUUGAACAAUGUGCAAUUUCAUAUACGUUAAGUGGACCAUAUAUCUAUUGGGGGGUUACCUUUUGAAAAUAAGGAACAUUAUAAUAUAUUCCAUACUUAAUUUUUAAAGGCAGGCUCAUUUUAUGGAAUUUCUCUACCCUACCCCCUUAGUUUAUUAAAAAAAUAAAUAAGUGCAAGGCAACUAGUUGCAUUUGAUAAAGUUUACAGUGUGAUUAGAAAAUAUGAAUAAUUAUGUUUGUAAAUUGUUAGAAAAUCAUUUUAUUAAAAAUAAAAUAAUGGCUUUAAAGAUUAUUGUACUUUGAUUUCUGAAAAAAAUUAAAUAUUUUGUGUGUGUUAUACUGGGAAAUUUUAAUUCAGCUGUUCAUUCACUGUUUUUGAUUUAGUGAUAUGCAGCUCUUCACAUUCACACAUUAUAUUAUUUCAUAUUUACCUUUGAUUCAGUAAUAUAAAGGACUUUGUCAACUUGAUUAUUUUUAUAUUGGCCAAUUUUAAAAAAUAAAGAUUCUGGUAAAUCACCCUUUAAACAACGUUUAAAAUUAAACAUUAAAAUUUUUAGCAAAAGUAUGCAUUGGGUGCGGAGAUGAGGGGAUUUCUGUUCCGCUGCUCGUGCUUAUAAAGGUGUUAUCAGCAGGCUUGAAGAGCACCAGCACCAAAUGUGCUUAAGCUCGCUUUUCUUCUCUGUGCUCACAGUGGUCUGUUGCCUCUUCAGUUUCGACUUCAGCUUUACUGCUGCUACUGGCACUCCCUAGCAGAGUCAGUAAAAAGACUACAUCUGAACUUUCUCCCAGGGCAGUGUGUGUGUGUGUGUGAUACCAGCAUGUUAAUGUGUAAGGCAGUCAGGGAGCAACCACAACUAUGAAAGUAGCAAUCCAUAAAAUCCCACUGACUGUAAGUUUUUUUUGGUUGAAGUGAUGUUAGAUAUUUCUCGGACAAGCAUAAGUUUGCAGAUGGAAAUGUGAUUUUUGUUGGUGUCACUCUU